AUGAUCAAAGACUUUAUCGAAAGAAAACAAGACAAAAGAAAAGCCAAAGACACUUGGCAUGGUGCCUAUCGAACUUAUGAACUUUUCAGAAUUUGCCCAAAGGAAGUUAUUUCUCAGUUACAGACACUAACAGCAACACAGCUCAUCAAGCUAACUGAUG